AUGUGCGACCUCGACAUCCUUGAAGUGAUCGAGGGAAGCGUGGUGACAGUCACCGCCCUGGACACGUCAUGUAAACUGAAUGCCACGGUGUUCUUUCAUGAUGGGGACUGGUACUACGAUGAAAAAGCCGAAUGCGACCCUAAUCAUCAGGGAUCAAACUGGACAAUAGUGGCGGAUGAAGACUUCAUCAUCGGAGACAGCGAACCUAUUGGGCACAAUGACCAUACUCCAAUGCCAGGCCUGUAUCGCAUCCGGGACUUGAUCGAGGAAUCUAACGUGAACCCUAUUAGGAAGAACCGUGGCAUUAAAGGCACUGACCGUGAACAUCAGCCGAUGGGAUUGAAAACAGAGGAAGUGCAGAUGCGCCAGGCAAUGGCAUCCUCCUCUUUCAAAACACGUCCACGGCCUGAUGUUGUCACUCAGGGGAUUAGGGACAAGCGAAACCAGUGGAGAAGAUGCCCCGCAAGUAAGCAUUUGACACACAAAUCACAAUGGUGCGAGCUUCAAUCGGUUUCUUCUCCUAACUUCUCCUUCCUUCUCUCUUUUCCUUCUCCAAGCACAAAGAUAGAGGAGAAAUCGCCAUUCUGUUCUUUCGUUUUCUCUGUACUUUCUGUUCAUCCUUGUUCUUUUUUUUUCUUUUAUGACAGUCCCAUCAUUCAUUUUCUUCUCCGCAGGCAUGCUAUAUUUCGGUCAAGCGUCCAAAGAAUCCCCUUUCCACCCAAGGAAGGCCCUGCUCCGGGUGCGUACACUCUUUCAAGCAAACCUGCAGAUGGUAUCACUUCCUGUUUCAAAUCCAAGUUGCCACGGCUCCACACUGUACACUCGGUGACACCAGGGCCAGGCGCGUACGAACCCCACUGGAAGUGGGUUGACAACUUGACGACGGUGGACCCAUCAUUCAGCCUCCUCUUCCGUAACACUCCUUAGUCCGACAAUUUAAGAAUAGCCCCCAUGCCAGUGAUGUUGUCUUCAUCCAGUAAUAAAUGUGAAUUGAAUUUACCAAA